AUUGAUGUAUCUAAAACCUGGCAACCCUGCGGUUAUCCACGGUUAUCACACUUCAGUAAAGUUAGGCGAUAGCGUUCGAUGAUCGUGUCUGCUCGAAAAAAUUAAUCCUAUCGCUUAUUCGUCGUUUACGGACUCGUUUCUUGUACUCGUUCGCACUUCUUGGGAAAAAAUGACAGUCGAAUUGAAGAAAUUUCUUUAUGAACUAUUGACUGAUGUGGAAGGUUUGCAUAGUAUAUUGAUUACGGACAGGGAUGGAGUACCUGUUAUAUCAGUAGCCAAUGAAAAAGCACCAGAAUUAGCUACAAGAGCUAGUUUUUUGUCUACUUUUGGAAUGGCCACAGACCAAGGAAGUAAACUCGGACUUGGCAAAAAUAAAACCAUUAUUUGCAUGUAUAGUAAUUAUCAGGUAAUCCAAAUGAAUAAAUUGCCAUUGGUUGUUAGUUUUAUCGCUAAUCACAACUGUAACACUGGCCAUGUGUUAUCACUAGAAAAUAAGAUUGAUCCUAUUUUAAGUAGUUUAAAAAAUGCAGUAGUGGAAGCCUGAUGGUUACCUGUUGUCCAUUAUGGGUGAUAAAUGCUACUGAACACAGUUUAGAUUUGAAUCUAUGAAUUAGUGCAAAUAUUGUAUAAACUGUAAUUUCUUUUCGGCGCCAACAAACAUAUUUUCAUGGUUUUACUCGCUUGCAUUUAUUCAUAAUGUAGGUGUGUUUUUAAACAGUAAUGAUUAUAUAUAUAUAUUACUGAUGUAAAAACCAGAAUUAGGAGAAUUUUAAAGACAACAUGUUAAAUCAUUAUUAAUUAUUAAGUCGAAAAAUAACAUUACAAGUAAUUAAUUCUAAAAAGUAACUCUCCAAGUAAGAAUUUACAAACGGUCUAAUGUUGGCUCAAUCAUGAGAGCUGAAAUUUUAGUACGGCAGACCAAUAUUGGCAUAAUAUAGGGAUGAUAAAUCUGUUAAAUUCAUUACUGUUACUGGUUAAUGAAAAAGUCACGUUAGCAUUGCAGUUACGAAAAAGAAAAGUAACAAUAUUAUCAAUCUAUUACUAAAAAAAGUAACUAACAUUACAAAUAACGCGUUACUUCCCAACUGUAGUAACUAUAUAAUACAAAGAAGCUUCUUUUGAGAAAUCCAUAAACAUAUAUAUUUUCGAAGUUAGAAUAUUAUUUAUUUAAAAGAAAUACUAUAUUGGUGAAAUUUAUUUAAAAGAAAUACAAUAUAUGUGAUAUUUUUUAUGAAAUUGUGCUUUAACUGUCUAAUUUAUGGGAUUAAAUAAUUUAGUGAAUAAUAAA